UCCUCAGAGAAAGCAGAUCACAUGCUCUUGUUAGACCUCUUCUUGCUCUGCCAGCGCGCAUUUCCCAGGGAGAGUGUUACUGUUGCAUGAUAGCUUGCUGAUUUUGCUCACCAUGGAAGACUUGCAGCAUCAGCUGCUCAUUGUUACUGGAGCUCUGAUCUGUUUCUCUGCUCUGCUUAAAUGCAUCAGAUUUAUGAAAUAUAUUUUCCCACAUGUUUGGAGUGCUUUGCCUCAGGCUUUCUUCCGCUCACUGGGAGAAUGGGCAGUGGUCACAGGAGCAGGAGAUGGGCUUGGAAAAGCAUAUUCCUUUGAGCUGGCAAGACAUGGGUUAAAUAUAGUUAUGAUAAGUAGAACUCUUGAGAAGCUGCAGAGAGUGGCCAGUGAAAUCGAGCAGGCCACAGCUCAAAAGGUGAAGGUUAUACAAGCUGAUUUCACUAACAAUUCAGUAUACAAGAACAUUGAAAAAGAUCUGGAAGGCUUGGAAAUUGGUGUUUUGGUUAACAAUGUUGGAAUGCUUCAUAAUCCUCUUCCAUGCCGUUUCCUUAAUGCACCAGAUGUAGAUGAGAACCUUGUCAACUGUAACAUUAUUUCUGUAACAAAGAUGACACAACUAAUUUUGAAACAAAUGGAACCAAGACAGAAAGGUCUGAUUCUGAACCUGUCCUCUGGUCUGGGUACUUUCCCUUGUCCACUAUACACAAUGUACUCAGCAUCUAAGGCCUUUAUAUGCACUUUCUCCAAAGCACUACAAGCAGAGUAUAAAGAAAAGGGAAUUAUUGUACAGGUAGUGGCUCCUUAUGGCAUUUCUACUCCAAUGACAAUGCACCAAAAACCUGGUCUUAUUACAAAGAAUGCAGAAGAGUUUGUUAGUGAAUCACUGCAUUACGUCACUUUCGGAGAUGAGAUUUCUGGAUGUUUAGCCCAUGAAUUACUGUCAAAGAAGUCUGCAGGAAGGAGAAGAAAAGCAAGCUUUCAGGAUGGAAAGUAAGUGCUGAAACUUUGGAGAUCAGCAGCCAUAAAAUAUCUACUUCUACUUCCAGAGAUUAUUAAUGACUGUCCUCUGCAUUGUCUGAGAAGGGCUGAAAGAGGCAAGAUUAUAGGCAAAAGAUAGACUUAAUAUAAAACAAUUCUUUGAAUCAAACUGCUACUGCUACUGACUGAAAGCAGAAAAUAUCUAGAAGUGAAAGUGAGACGUCUGUGUAGGGCAUUCAGUAUUGUUGAUCUGAAUAGCAAGGAAUAGAAACGGUUUGUACAUUGCUGCAUAAAAAAAUGUGUUUACCGAUGAUUAAAUUAUGUUCUGGUAAGUGUGAUAUUUGUGCAGCUGUUCAACAAAUAAAUAUGGACUAUAAUAUAUGAUAAAUAUUACAUACGAGCCAAAAAAUGAAUUUCCUGAGGGAAAUGCUCAUUCAAUAAGAGGCUUGAAUAGAGUGCAGAGGUUGUGCUCACCACUGGUAGAAGUGCCCAUGCAUCAUGGAUUUCAAGCACUGUAUUCUCUGAUACAGCACGAAAUGCAGCACGUCUCUCCUUUUCUUGCCUCUCUGUUCCAAAUACAUACUGAUGUUGUGCCUAUGUGCAGCUCUUCAGAUGUCUGAUUUACAUGCAUGAAUAGUCCCAGCAACAUGAAGGCACUUCUGUGAAGAAGUGGCUGCAGCUGCUCUGCUUAAGUCACAGAAUCACAGAAUCAC